AUGAUUGAUGCAAUUGAAGUGGAAAGCUUUUUUAAAGCAGGAUUCCUAGUGGAUACUACAUGUAAAUAUUUGGCAACGAGAAUAUGGCAAAUGGUAACAGCUCCAGAGUACUACAAAGGACCAACAGACAUGUCAGAUGCCAUUCAUGACUUAUACAUGCGAGCAAAUUUUCCAAUCAUCAAUGAACUUAUGUACGAUAUGAAUUUCACUCUAAACUUGAUUCAAGUAGAUUCUGGAGGCUGGAAGAAAAAUAAUUCUUUCAGUGGCCUGUUUGGCAAGUUCCAAAAUCAUUCCAUUGAGCUAGGAUGUACUGGAGCGUUAAUGCGCGCCGAAUGACUAGAGGUGGUAGAUUUCAUUACCGUCACAAUUUUGAUAAAAAGUAAAAUUAUUUUUCGACAACCUCCUCUAUCGAUUGUAUCGAACAUAUUUGAGCUGCCUUUCAGUAAGGGAGUUUGGUUAUCAUGUUUUGCAUUGAUGACUGUAUACUGGGUAUCUAUGACGGCAGUAUGCUAUUGCACGAAUGUGGAAUAUUUUACACCGCUGGAAUCCUUGCUUUACAUUAUAGGCACAAUGUGCCAGAGAGGCUCCGAAUUGAUACCACAUCAUAAUGGCACCAGACUUCUGAUGUUCUCGAUGCAGCUAACAGCUUUUUUCAUUGUAACAUCAUACUCGGCCAGUAUAGUGGCUCUCCUACAGAGUCCAAGUCGUGCGAUCUCCAGCGUUGCAGACUUAGCAAGGUCACCAUUAUCCGCGGGAGUGAUGGAUACAAUUUACGGGCGAGUGUAUUAUACAGAAGCACAAGAUUCGGAAGUAAAAGAACUAUAUUUAAAGAAGAUUAAACCUUUUGGCGAAAAGGCUUUUAUCGAAGCUGACGAAGGAAUCGCUCGUGUGAGAAAUGGACUUUUUGCAUUUGAGGCGGAAGAGAAUGCGGCCUAUAAACUGGUGAAAGAAACAUUUGAACCGCACGAUAUUUGCAAGCUGCAAGAACUUAGGGCCAUUAAUUUGCCCCCGUUUGGCAUUCCUAUAGUAAAGGGGAGCAGAUACCGUGAGAUCUUUCGGCAACGGUUGAUGUGGCAGCGUGAGGUCGGCAUAAUUAAAAGAUUCAACAUCAUUUGGAUUCAUCAUAAACCGCAAUGUGAAUAUUCAAAUGGUGGAUAUACAUCCGUUGGGUUGAUAGAAAUGCGUUAUUUAUUUUUGUUUCUUUCAUUUGGUCUGUUCGGUUCCUUAGUUGUACUUUUAGCUGAACGUACGUGGUAUAGUAAACAAUAG